CUUGAAAUAAGUCAACCAGCCACAACACUGCAACCCUAUUGUUCCGUUAGAGGGCAUCCUCUUGACUACCUAAGAUUCAAGUGAAGCCAAUAUGUCGCGUCCUUCGGCACGAAAAGCAGCCCCGAAAGGGGAAUAUAUCGAGACUGACUCCGGCAACAAAGUCUCCCGCCGCAGUGCAAUAACUGGAACCGCCAAUAUCACGCUCGGUGGCCGAACUGUCAUCAUGGCAGACGUUCACCUCCGUGGCGACCUUCAUCCCACCCGUGCCGUCCCGUCUUCAUCUGGAAAAGAUGUCACACCGACUUCCAUUUCAAUUGGUCGGUGCACGGUGAUAUCAACUGGUAGUGUGAUAAAGCCGCCGUGUCGAAUAAGCAGAGGCCAGGUGCAUUAUUAUCCCAUGAAGAUUGGCGAUAAUGUUUUUGUUGGUCCCCAUUCUACCAUCUCCGCCAUCUCCAUCGCCUCCCACGUCCACAUCGGCGACCACACCACUAUCCACCCCUUCGUCAUCAUCAAAGAAAAUGUCAAAAUCCUACCCAACAGUGUCAUUCCCGCAAACAUGGUAAUCCCCUCCAGCUCCGUGGUUGGUGGACGGCCUGCGAGAGUCAUCGGGGAAGUCGGAGAAGGUUGGGGCGUGAGCGGGGGAGGAGCGGGGGUUGGAGGCGGACUGGGGGUAGGAGGGGGUGGGGAGAAGAGUUGGGUUGAGGGUGGGGAUUUGAGAGAGUUGGUUAGGAGUAUUAAGUAA